GUUUCAUUUACAGGGAAACUGAAACCUAGGGAGAGUUUCCUCUAUAUACACACACACACAGAUCUAACACUCGACAGCAGCAGACUAACAGAGGGCUUUGGACAUCCUGAUUGAGAGUCAAGUGGACCCAGGAUGAUGAAGAUGUCGGGAGGAGUCACUUGGUGCUUUGUAGCUCUGCUCCUCGCCCUGACCUCUGUGUCAGCUGUACAGAAGACGCUCAAAUCAAUCAUUGGUUUGAAGAAAAUCAACUUCGGCCAAUCUGUGCCCAAGCACAGUCUCCUGCUGCUCCACUGGUUUGCCAACGAGAUCGACAUCGACAACAACGAUAUAAUAGAACUGACCUUUGACCCAAACAGGGAAGAUUAUGGUUCCCAUCAUUAUGGCAACUAUGAGGGGGUGCUGGACCCUCUGCCUCGGGGAAAUCAACACAGGUACUACACGAUUGGAAAUCUCAAUGAGGAAACGUCAACCCAACUUCCUCCUUAUGUUUUCGAUCCCAUCAUUGAGGAUAUGGGAAGAAACAUGGACAGGAUCAUAUUUCGGGUCAGGGAGCAAAACAUACAUGGACGAUCUUACCAGACGAUAGACCAAGUGUAUAUCACACAGCAUAUUCCACAUCAGGGGACACUUUAUGAUCCAGAUCAUACCUACAGGAUCAGCACGAACCUCCUGAGAGAGAUCAGAGAGUUUUCUGUGGGAGAAGAUCAACAGCCACUGUCGUAUCUCAGAAACCGCUUUGGAAGCAGCGCUGACGAUUUUGACAUUGAAAACACAUGGGGUGAACUUGCUUGCCUUGGACUGCUGCUGUAUAUUGUGCUCCAGGAAAAGCACUCCUCUAAGCAACAAAACAACCGACCUGAAAACAGAAGAAAUCCUAGAAAUGAGAGAGAGCACAAUGUUCCUAGAAAUGUCCAAAACCAGGGUUACGUUGCACUGAAUAUGGGCGAUGAGGACCGUGUCGCCAGCAGGCGACCGGUAAACACAGAAUCAGACUGUUGCAACACCUUUGAAUUCUGUAUAAGGUGUUGUUUUUGUAUUUUGGCCUGCAUAGUUGUAAUUGUAAUUGUAUUGAGUAUAAUUAUUUAUUAUGUUAAUAAAUAAGAUACAAAAAUGUA